AACGUUACAGUUUAGAUAAGUACAUUUUCGCAGUUUCGUUAGUUUUGAAGUGUUAGUACAGUGUUCUGUUGACACAAGCAAAAUAGCAAACACCACGAAGUUUGCGAUGUGCAGGUGUUGCACGAAAGCGGCAUAGGAACUGAGGUAAAACUUUAUUGAAUAAAGACAAACCCUAAACAAUGGGGAAUUCGCAUAGUACUAAAAGCAGCCCGACAAGUCCAGUUAAUGCGCCAAGGAAUGAAGUUCAAUUAAACCCGGCAGGCUCUGGCAAUAAUGUAGGAGGCAAAAUUAUAUCACGAACUGCGAGUGGAGCGGAUUUGCAGGACCGCUCCCAGGCACAAUAUCAUCCGGUGGAAAAGCUUGGCAAAAUACUAGCUAAAAAAAGCGAAGAGGAACGAGGAAUAAACGGUAUCACCGUCGAUAUUUUUGCAAGAUACGUAUUCCCUAAGUUCCCAGACAUGGGCAGAAAAUUAUUCCAAUUGCUACGUCACAACAGCCACGCAAAAACCGAUCACAUGGGUGUGACUGCGUUCAGACAGCAAUGUGAAAAAUUCCUCGGGAUUCUAGAUGAUUCCGUUAUACUGGAAAAUUACGUCCGGAUGUUUGGUGACCUGAGUGAAACGGAUCUUAUCAAGCCGGAUAAUUUCAAGGAUUUGUUGCGAACCUGCUAUAGCCUGGCAAUGGCCCAUUACCAAGAUGGACCUCAAACGUGCCUGCUGGACGACGACGAAGAAUCGCUCGAUCGUACACUGAAUUCGGUGGUGAAGUCUUGCUUCUUUUCGAAAGAGUCACUAAGCGCCGGAUACAUUUGUCGGUGGUUGGAGAACCACGGUCCCCGCUUGGUGCCACCGUUGCACAAGUACUGCGUGCAUGCCUUGAGUACCUCUCAUAGGAUGAUUAUCGACAGCAGCAUGAAAAACAAUAGCGACACGGUGGUAUCGAUCAGUGCAAUCACUGCGGGAGAAGCAAGCUACGGAUUGGAGCUACAAACACCCAUUCUGGAAAAAGGAAGUCCUUGCUUCAACAGCGGUUCCACCAUUGGCGCUGGAUCAGGAAAGCCACUGUCUCAGGAAGACCGUGAGAAAUUGAGUAAUCAACAACCCUUGUUGCCGAUUUCGGAAGCAUGGCUAUUGGCAGGUGCUUUACCACCGCUCUAUUCGAAACCCCAGUCAGUACAGGCUCCUCUCAAUUCUACUUCAACUAACUUGGCCUCUCAGAUGUUUAUGGCAAAAUUGCUGUCGAUGGUUCCGUCCCAUUGGACUUUGCUGUACGACUCACGGCAGGAUGGCGCUGGAACGAAUCGAUUCCUACAUCACGUUCUGGGCUACCGCGGACCAAAUCUUGUACUGUUUCGCUGUGACGAUGAGCUUCUGUUUUGCGUAGCAAACCCAGUAGAAUGGCGUGAAACCCAUUUAUACUUUGGUGUCGAGGAUAGUUGUUGCCUGCAAUUGCUACCCAAAUUCGUGAUGUUGGAGAAAAAACCCAAAAGUUUGUACUUAAAUACGCACAUCCGUGGCUACCCGAAAGGUCUUCGGGCUGGCUCGGACCCCCGAAAGCCGAUUAUUAUCGUGGACGAGCAUUUCGAAAAGCUCGAGCACCGCGGAUUGCAGCACAAGAUAUUAUCGAUCGAAGUGUGGGGUUGUGGCGAUCCACAUCAGCGCGAAGUUCAGUUGGAUAUUAAAAAGUGGCAAAUCAAGGAAGCUGAACGGCAACGGACGGUCAAGAUGACAGCCGCAGACUGGAUGGAUCACCCGGACAGGUACCUGUUGGAGCUGGGAGGGCGCCCGAAUUACAACAACUCAACGUCGUAGUCUGCUGCCAUUCACCCAGUGCUUUCUAGCAUCGAGUAAUGUUUUUGGUUGCUUGUUUAGUACCUAAUUGUACUAUGGAAGAAAAAUAAGGAAAUACUUAUAUGUUGUACUUAGUCUAUAUAUUUUUACUCUACUCAACCGAGAAAAUAGCUCUACGGCAUUUGUUAUUGCAAAGCA